UUGUGGGCUUGGGCCAUGGGGUUGCAAAUAGGCAAUUAUCCGACGGCGCACAACACGUCGCCAGAGAAACCCACCUCUAAACCACAUCGUGAUGGGACAGAGAAAAAAAAAGUCCACCUCGUCGCUGCAUCGCUCUGUCGGUUCGUCGGGCCUGUCCCCGCCACCGCCGGAGAAAUGCCACCCCGGAGGCGGGAUCGCCGGAGUCAUCGCGACCCCUCGCCGUCUCCCUCCCGCCCAAGCGGGCCACGAGCUUCCCCCUCGAGCCCCCGCCUCCGCCUCGCCUUCAUCGUCCCUCCCCUGCUUCUCCUGGUCCUCACAGUGCUUCACUUCACCGGCCUCCUUUCCCGAUCCCCUCCUUACCCCCAAACGCCGGGGAAGACCCCACUCUCCGUCUAUGAUCGCGGCCUAGUCAAGCGCCAAGUCUCCGCCGGCGAGAUCCUUGCCGAGCACGCUAGGGUUUCGGAGAACCAGUCGCGCCACCAUUUCCCAAACCCCGUCCUGGCCUACGUGACCCCCUGGAAUUCUAAAGGCUAUGAUAUGGCAAAGUUGUUCAGCACGAAGCUUACUCAUGUAUCACCAGUGUGGUAUGACUUGAAGAGUGAUGGGAAUAAGCUAUCUUUGGAAGGACAGCACAAUUAUGAUGCUGGAUGGGUCUCCGAACUUCAAAAUAACGGUUCUUUGGUAGUGCCAAGAGUUGUCUUAGAGGCAUUCCCUGGUGUUGUACUUCUGAAAAAGAAGUCAAGGGACAAAACCAUUGAACUAAUAGUGAGCGAAUGCAGGGAUAAGGGGUAUGAUGGUGUUGUGCUGGAAUCCUGGUCAAGAUGGGCUGCUUAUGGUGUGCUAGAUGAUCCAGAGCUGCGCCAACUGGCACUUCAGUUUGUUAAGCAGCUGGGCGAGGCUUUGCAUUCUAUCAGCUCAAAAUCAAGUACCAGGAACCAUUUGGAACUAAUUUAUGUUAUCCCAGCUCCACGGAUGGAAGGGCCCAACAAUCAAGACUUUGGACCAGAAGAUCUCCUGGAGUUGGCUGAUUCAGUAGAUGGUUUUUCUCUUAUGACAUAUGACUUCUCUGGACCACAAAACCCUGGCCCCAGUGCACCUCUGAAGUGGAUACAAUAUUCUUUGACAACACUUCUUCCAGCCAAGGGUUCUGCUUCUCAAGGCCAUUCUCACAUGAUAUUCCUUGGGAUUAAUUUCUAUGGGAAUGAUUUUCUACUUUCUAAAGGUGGUGGUGGUAGUUCUAUUACUGGAAGAGAUUUCAUUCAUUUACUUGAGAAGUACAAGCCAUCUUUGCAAUGGGAUGACAAAAGUUCAGAGCAUUUUUUUAUAUAUUCGGAUAAAGGUGUGAGGCAUGCUGUAUUUUAUCCAACGCUGUUGUCUCUUUCUGUACGUUUGGAUGAAGCGCAAGAUUGGGGGGCAGGGCUUUCAAUCUGGGAAAUUGGACAAGGUUUGGACUACUUUUUUGAUGUUCUCUAGGAAUAUCUAUUUAUGAAUGUUAUUUUCUGAACAAUGCCAGUUAAACUUAAACAACUUCUGAUGUGAAGUAUUAAAAAGAAAAUCGCGUGUCUCUUUAUUGCA